UCCAAAAUAAAAAAAUAAAAAUUGCUCAUGCGUGUUUGUAGCUCUUUCAUCAUCGAACGAGGAGGAGGUGGAGGUUUUCAAGAAAAGCAAUUGAAAAUAUUAUACGAAUUGUGAUGAAAUUUUGAGCAUUAGGUGGUUUAUGUAAACUAUUGGAGUAGAAGAGAAUGGUGUUAGUGCUGGCAAUUGGGGAUCUUCACAUCCCACACAGGGCACCUGAUCUACCGGCAAAGUUUAAAUCCAUGCUUGUUCCUGGCAAGAUCCAGCACAUCAUUUGCACAGGCAAUCUCUGUAUCAAAGAAGUUCAUGAUUACUUGAAGAGCCUUUGUCCAAGCUUGCAUGUUACACGAGGUGAAUAUGAUGAGGAUUCCCGCUAUCCAGAGACCAAAACACUUACCAUUGGACAAUUUAAGCUUGGGUUAUGCCAUGGUCAUCAGAUCGUUCCAUGGGGAGACCUGGACUCUCUAGCGAUGCUCCAGAGACAGUUAGAUGUGGACAUCCUUAUUAGCGGCCACACCCAUCAGUUCAAGGCCUACAAACAUGAGGGUGGCGUUGUCAUAAAUCCUGGGUCUGCCACUGGUGCGUACAGCAGUAUCACCUAUGAUGUGAACCCAAGUUUUGUGCUCAUGGACAUUGAUGGCUUGCGUGUUGUUGUCUAUGUUUAUGAACUCAUUGAUGGAGAGGUGAAGGUUGACAAAAUAGAUUUUAAGAAGACUGCUGCAGCCUCAACUCUUCCCGCGCAAUGACCAUGCUUCAGUGGCACUUGUUCUGUUCUCUCUAGGUAUAAAUCCAGUUGUAAUAAGAUGAACGAUAUAUGGUAGAUUUGGCACCAGUACAUUUCUCGAUUUUUUAUGAAGCAAGUAAGGGAGUCAUCACUGUAGUUAAUGCUUGAACAUUUUAUCUGUAAACAUAUAGCUUAUGGUCGUAGUUUCUUAACUUCUAUCAUUUUCUUUAA